UAUUUCUCACAGGAACCGAUUUCUAAAGCCGUAAAAAUAAAAUCUAUAGACGGGAAGGAGAUGAUGGCUUUGGAUGUGUUUUCUGCGGUCAUUGAAUUCUUCAGGGGUCACCUACUUCAUUCUCUAAAAGAAGAAGGCGCAGGGAUCAUAGAAAUUGAUAUACGCUGGGUCAUAACAGUACCUGCUAUAUGGGACGAUCCUGCCAGACAGUUUAUGAGAAAGGCGGCAGUGAGGGCUGGAAUAUCCGGGAACCAGUUACUUAUAGCUCAGGAGCCUGUGGUGGCCUCAUUAUACUGUAAACAUUUCCCUACAGAGAAACUGCUGUCUGAGGCCGGCGUCCAGGGAUUUGGAGUCUUCUCCAAGGGAAGCAAAUACCUAGUUCUGGAUUGUGGAGGAGAAAGAGUAGAUAUCACCGUUUAUGAAGUACAACCUGAUCUCAGCCUAAAGGAGCUGUACAGAGCUAGUGGAGGAGCGUUGGGAGGGAAUCAGGUAGAUGAGGCCUUCAAACAGAUGCUGAUCAAAAUGUUUGGGGCCCCUGUCAUCGCUGAGUUUGCCCGCUCACAUCCAGGUGAUUAUGUGGACAUAUAUAGAGAAUUCGAAAACAAGAAGCGUGACAUUAAUGACAAAAGGGUCAGGGUCAUUUUUAAAAUUCCAAUUUCUCUGAGGGAAAUGUUCGAAGAGGAAACAGGGUAUCAUGUUAAGGAGAAAAUAAAGGAUACCGAGUUUUCAGAAAAAAUAACAUUCGUGUCGGACAAAUGCAAAAUAACAACCGAAGUGAUGAUGAGCUUUUUUGAAGUGGCAUUGGAUCAAAUUGUGGAUCAUGUUACAGAACUACUAAAGAAACCAGAGAUCUCAGGAACCAAGAAUAUUUUAAUGGUGGGAGGUUUUUCUGAGUCACCAAUUCUACAGAACAUGAUCAAGAAAUCUUUUCCUGAUAUGACAGUUAUCAUUCCCCCCGAACCAGGGCUUGCAGUCCUGAAAGGAGCGGUGCUGUUUGGACACAAACCUGUCACCAUUUCUUCUCGCAUUGCCAAAUAAAGCUACUACAGUCGACUUUUAUCCUAGUAUUCGACAGCUGAAAAGAAAAAUAAGCAGAUUCUGAAACUCACUGAAGAAAUAAUAUAUCAUGAUGAUUGAUUGUAUACUGUUUAA